AUGGCCGCCAACUUUUGGGCUUCUUCUCAUGGAAAGCAAUGGCUGCUUAGCAGGCAGCAACUUCAGGAAAGCAGGAAGGAAGACUUGAAGAAUAGUUAUAGAGGAAGUGAACCUUAUCUAGUCGCAGCUACUUGUAUGUAUCUAGCAUGUAAAAUAGAGGAAUCGCCACAUCACAUCAAGAGUGUUAUUACAGAAAUGAAACACGUAACUGCAGAUAAGGGUGGCUUCCAAUACGAAAAUCAUAAGGUGGCAGAAAUGGAGUUUUAUCUUCUUGAAGAAUUAAAUUUUAAUAUGAUUGUAUUUCAUCCAUACCGAGCGUUAACAACACUAGCACAAGAUCUUGGCACAAAGAAUGAAGAUGUGCAGAGAGCUUGGUUUAUCGUAAAUGAUACGUACAAGACAGAUAUGUGUCUUUUGUAUCCACCAUAUGUAAUUGCUACCGCUGCACUUUAUUUACCUAUUGCACUUAAAGGAGGCGAUCAAUACGUUGAUAACAAUGCUUCAAAUGGUAAUAGUGCACAAGGUGUCACUACUAGAGGUGCUAAAAGAGGCGCUACUUCUGCUGCCACUAAUAAUGGCAAUAAUAAUAACGAGGCUACUAAAGUGAAGGAUAUAAGGCAAUGGUUCGCAUUAUUGAAUGUUGAUCUGGAUCAGAUUAUCGAUAUUGUCCAAGAAAUAAUAUCAUUAUACGAAGUAUGGGAUGAUUAUAAUAAAAAACCUCCUCAAGAAAUUCAUGGAAUUUUACAAAGAUUGUUAAAAAAAUAA